UUUUAGCGCGUUCUUCGUCGCGUGGGCCUAAAUCAAAAAGUUCCGAACUUCUGUCAGGAUUCAGUUUGGUCAAUAUUAUCUCAACAUGAGAAAUUUCUUCUAUACCUGAUGAUCUCGAGGAUAAACCCUUCAAAAUGUCAACAUUUGGCGGGUAUAUGCCUGAGUUUCCAGACAUUCGUGGUAAGUCAAAAUCAAAUCACACAGAGUUGAGAGUUAUCACGAAUCAAAUAUGACGGCAUCUCAAGGAAAGAACUGAUAUUUUCACAGUCGAUUACUUCCGCCAAAUCCUAGGACGUACAUCUCCGCUAGCAUGCUUUUUGAGUCAUGUUCACAGUGACCAUCUCGUUGGGCUUGACAAUGAUCGUGUUAAAUUGCCGUUUGUUUACUGCUCGGCUGCUACCAAGGAGAUCCUUAUCAGGCUUGAGAAGAGGCGAGAUCGGUUGAAUCUUGCGCAGGGAAUUCUGGAGAAGGAAAAGAAAACCUAUAAACAUUUGAAGAAUGUUUUGAAGCCAGUUCCAUUGGAGACUCCCACGUUGAUUGAGUUGGCACCGAAAAAUGAAAUUAGGGUUACGUUAUUUGAUGCUAAUCAUUGUACUGGCGCAGUGAUGUUCUUGUUCGAGAGAGAAAAUACCGCAGUCUUGUAUACUGGAGAUAUUCGAUCGGAACCAUGGUUUGUCAAUAAUUUGACACGAAAUCCUUUCUUGAUUGAGUACACUAGCGGCAUGAAGUCUUUAGACUGCAUUUAUCUCGAUACAAGCAACAUUGGACCAAUGGAAUUCCCAACGAAAGCUGAAGGUCUGAAGGAAUUGAUUGGUAAAAUUAGAAAAUACCCGCCAAAUACCAAAUUUCACUUCGCGGCUUGGACUUUCGGAUAUGAAGAGGUUUGGGCUGCAUUAUCACGAACACUGGAUUCACAAAUUCAUGUGGACAAAUAUAAGAUCAAACUAUACGAAUCCUUGCGUCAAGAAGGAUCUAAUGGCCAACUAAGUUUUCUGGCACCUGAAGGUCCUGUUUUGGUAGGGUGUGUUGUUGGAAAUAGUGCAAAACAAGGUUGCUUGACAAUUGAUAAGAGCGUGCGAAUUCACAGUUGUGAAAAGGGGAUGGGUUGUUCACUUUAUGGAGAAGAGGAUGUUGUGUUGAUUAGACCUAUUAUUUCUCGUCUACCAUCUGGAGUUGAAGUGGAAGAAAUUGGUAUUGGAGGUGGUUGGGGUGAUUUAGUACCAAAAUAUGAAGUUGCUAUGGAUUUCGAUGAUGUCAAGGAACUGUUAGAGACAAUGUUGGUUUGGAUUCCCCUUUUUCUCGAUUCACACUAAUAAAUUACCUAGUUUUGCGGAGACAGAUGAACCCAUCGUUGAGGAUAUUCGAAGGAUGCUUCUUGCCGAAUUAUCAUCUACAGCAGGCGCUAUAUCACUAGAUGGCAUAUCAUCUGUUUGUGAUCAAAUCUCCUUGAAGGACCUUAGUGAAUCUCUUUUACGAAAGUUGGCUCAUAAAUCCUCUAAAGUACUUGACGAGAAAGAUCUCCAUGCUUCGGAAGACGAUUUCCUCAAGGUAAUCACUUUUCCAUACUCACGUCAUUCCUCGUAUCCUGAACUUUGUCAUCUGGUUGAAAUAUUCAAGCCAAAAGAUGUGUAUCCAUGCACUGUGGACGAAGAGAACUGGAAUGAAGGUACGUAAUAUCCUCUGUAGCGUUUAUCUAUAUUUUUUGAUACCACUUGAGCACUUCGAUGGCUUUGAAUCAGACUAACCACCUUACAGAAGUAAGCAUUGAAGAGCUCUUUGGUGACCAUUGCUCUGCUUCGGUCUUUAGACAUGACAAGGAGAUGCGACAAAUGAUGGCUGUUAUUGUUGCCGAAAUGAAGAUGUCAAGCCAAAAAACGCAAACAACAAUUGAAUCCGAAUCUUCUCCAAUGCCUAGCGGUCAUGUUGAGGAAUUAACAUUAACAGCAGCUAGAUGGGAGAAUAAAAGUCGUCCUUCCACACCAAUCCCAUUUCAGAAAAGUUUAACUAGCACCAGACGGAUAGCUUGGUCGGAAGAAAUACUUACCUCGUCUCCAGCUCCACCAUGUCAAAUAGGUGUAGCUAGUAUCAGCCAAACACCUGGAUCCAUAGCUACAAAAUCAGGCUCAAGCUCAAGUAGUCAGCUAUCAAGACGAAGAACAGCCACGGCGGUAGUUACUCCGCCACCAUUGAAACGUGUACGACUUAGUCAAGGCUCUCAGGUAGAUGGCCCAAGGUAAGCUUUCCAGUUUUUCUUUCUCGUCAUACUCCAACUGCUUUUUGUGUGACAAUCUUAUUUUCGUUCAUUUUCCACUUUCUUCUAUUGUUUCAGAUCCUAUUUCUCUCUGGAGGUCCAUCCUUGACUAAUCGCUGAUUUCUGGGUUUUGUAGGUCAUCAAAACCCACCUCAACCUCUGCCGCAGGUGUAGAACAACGGGGCCUAGAGUCAAUUGACAUACCUAUCAAAGACGGCGUUGACUUAGAGUUACCACUCACAACACUUAUGGAAAAACUCGACACUGUCCCUACACUAUCUGAAAACGCAAUGACAGCAUUGAUGAAUCUCCAGAAUGACGAUCUAGAGGUUGAAACAUACAUCGCUCAGGAACUGCCAAAUCUGAAAUCCAUCAAUACACAAAUUGAUCAGCUCGUACCACCUUCAGUAUUAUCAGCCCUUCACAUGACUAUGUUGUCAUUUUCUCGAGAAACGCUUGACAUCUUAUCGGAGUUCCAAAGAAGUUUUGAGGGUAAUUCAGGGGUGCACAUAGACGUGAAUACGUACUUCUUUCGCCAAUUCUCACCUCUACAAUACCUCAUGCGAGAGUUCAAACAAGUCACAUCAUAUUUGGCACAACCCCGGAGUCAACGUAAGCCUUGGGAUUCUACCAAGAGCUUAGAUAGCAUGUCUAAAAUCUUUCAACCUAAAGCUAAUAACGACAGAGAUAUAGUCGGACAUCGAGAUAUUUUCACGCUCAUUGACGACAACGAGUUAGCGACAGACGAUGGCAUUGAGGAUGUUAAUGAUAAUCAUACCCCAAACCAUGGCUCAUCCCUUAUUGCAGCUGGAGGAAAUAACUCUGCCAGCGAUAACCUUCCCUUUCAUGACCCUAUUGAUAAUAUCACUCGAUGUGGGGAUUGUGGUCAUGAGAUUUGGGUAGAUCAAAUCGAAAGAUGGGGAUGGAUUCCAGGUUUCUGCACGGGUUGUGGUAUCGGAUCUAAUCCCUUUUACGAGAAUGCUGAUUUCCCCGGAGCUCUUCCUCGUAUCUUCGAAGAAGAGGAUUCUGGAAGUGAGGUUUCUGCCCAGGAAGCUCGUGUCUUAAUCGGGAUUUCACAUCUUGACUAUCAAUCUUCUGCAUACGAUACUCAAGAUGAAGAUUCUCAAUUGGUUCUUGAUGAAAAGUAUGAAAUCAACAGCUUUAUAGAUGAUGAUGAACCUGAUUCGGAUUCGGAUUCCGAAUCUCAUACAUCUGAUCAUGGAAGCGAAGUGGAUUAUAAAUCUGCGUUUCAAAGUCUUCAGAAAGAUUUCGCUAAGCUUCAUACUAAUUAUUUGAUCCUAAUAAAUGAAUACUCACAGUUUAGAUAUGAUAUGUUGGGUACUACUGAGGAAGAAGACGAGGAUGAGGAUGAGGAUAAUGGGGAGGAGGAGGAUGUUUUGAUCAAUGAAGAUGGUGCGCAUGUUGUGGAUGUGAUGGUUGCGCAGGGUGAUCAUGUUGUUACGGAUGUAGUUGUUUCUUCGUUUACGGGGGAAGAUAGUCAGAAUGUUGGAGAAGGUGGAAAUGUGGAUGUGGGAGAGCAGGAGAGAGGGAUAGAAGGUGUGGAUGGUGAUGAUGAAUCUGUGGGUGGGGAUCUGGAUGGAGCAAGCACAGUUGCAAGAUCGUAUACACUUUCGGGUUUGAGAGGGCUGAGUGUGGAAUUGUAAGGUGGAAUUAUGACGGUGGAAUUAUGAUGAGUUUCGGGUUGUUUGGGGUGUUUGACGUCGACCAAAAUGAAGGAAGGGGGAUGUAUGUAUGGAUGUGUGGAGUGGUUGCUUGGUUGCUUGGUGGUUAUUUGCUCUUCGGUUUAUAAGUAUUUUGAUACCCGGAUUUGCUUUGGCGUUGGCUUUUUGCUGGGAUUUGGGAUGGGAUUAAUGGAUGGGGAUAUAAGAUUAGAUGAGAUAGGAAGUGGGAAUGGGAAAGGAAAGAGAAUGGGAAUGGGAAUAAGCAUAGGUAUAGGUGUAGGUGUGGGUGUGAAGUUUUACAUGUAUAUAUCGAUACUCAUGGUCAAUAUGGAUGGGUGGAUGGAUGGGAAAGACUUGCUUUAGCGCUAUAUAGACUAGCAGUGAUUGCUUGUAUGGAAAAUUUAAGAAUGAGCUUUAUUGAUUGUAUUUAUAAGAAUAAGGAAUGAUGAAUGAAGAACAGAG